GAACAGGAUUCCUUGAUAUCAUACUCAAAAACCCUGCAUGACUACACUCUCAAACUGUGGACGGAGUCCAGGAGAGUCGCGGAAGAGAAGGCGAGAAUCAAGCUUGCUCGAAUGGAGGAAGAGGCACGAACACGCAAUGGGACUGAUUCUCGCAACUCACCCACCACUCAGCGACCU